CGCAUUCCAAUCCUGAACAUUGGAUCUGCUGGUCUCCCAGGCGCCUGACAAUAUACAAAAGCACAAGUGUUUGGAAAUCGAGAACCUUGGAGUGUUCCUUCAGCAACUUGAGGAAACCGGUUUGCCACAUUGAACUCAAACUACGGUGCACGAUACUCUGGAAGCGGGCAUCCAUUGGAACCGUACACCCUAUCCAGCAGCCAGAAGUGUCCUUUCUCAGCCUCCGCCCUCCCAUUGAUGCAGGCAAUCAGAUAGAGUUCCUGCAGUGGCGUACGCCAUAACUCGGUCCAUGCGAAUACCGCAGACUUCUAACAUGGCCAAGACGAUUCCAAUACGGCCGCGCCACAAGGCCGUGCUCCGACUUCAUUUGGACGAAGUAACCCAUCCGGCCAGCCAGAUCGCUUGCUCUUCUCUGGAUUCCGGGCUGUAUCUAACACGUGCCAUUGAACAUGUUACCAGUCAGCUGUACACCCCCUACGGCCUCGACAGCGUUCCGAAAGUGAGAUCCGUUACUGUGGUGCUCAGGUCGAUGGGUGGUGUUGCCUACACGACCGGAUUGCCUUUGGACGAUCUUCACAAGGAAAUCCACCUGUCAUUGGACUACGUGCAGGGGGUGCAGUCAAGAGACUCGACGAGAAUUCGCCACGAAAUUGCUGGCGUUGUCACCCAUGAAAUGGUGCACUGUUACCAGCACAACUGCCACGGGACUGCUCCAGGGGGUUUGAUUGAGGGCAUAGCUGACUUUGUCCGGCUAAAGUGCGGCUUGGCCCCACCACAUUGGAAUAAAACACCAGAAAGCAGAGGCCAAAGAUGGGACGAAGGUUAUCAGAAGACUGCAUGGUUCCUGGAAUGGCUUGAAGAUCGACAUGGCAAAGGCAGCAUCAGCCGCAUGAACGAAACGAUGGGACGCGAAAAGUAUGAUGAGAAGAAAUUCUGGCACGGCUUGUUUGGCCAAUCCGUAGAGGAGCUCUGGAGCCAGUACAAGGCCUCUUGGAAAGCGAAAGAAGAAGACACCUGUGCCGAGCUGGCACGUGACCCGAGCACUGCAGGAUCAGAAGCUGAGAUGGUUAACCUGAGCGAAGAUGAGAAAGAGGAAGCGAUGAAGGCAAAGGAGUUUUUCGCAUAGUAUUUCUAAGAGCGUGGGUAUUGCUAUUGUUUUGUCUUGCGUGUGAAGCGAAGGAGGUAGUGAUGAAGUCUGAUGCAGCGAUUCACAGCGGAUGGCGUCAGAAUGGGACAAUGACGGGGCAUGUUGUGAGAGCUACAGUAUGUGGGAAAUCUGUUGAAGGAAUCAGCAAAUGUAUACCCAACAGCCAUGAAGAUUCGAUUUGGAAGAACGGCAUCAGUAAAAAAUUAGAGUGUUGUUGUUGCGUAGUUUUGUUCUUCAUAGAACAGGUUCUCGGGGUUAAAAAUUGUUCAUCACGCCGGGGAGGUCUGGGUUUAGGAGAUUGUAGUGCUUACCAGGUUGUGUUAGUUUUCCUCCGCAGCGAUCUGAUCAAUUAGGCACUCAAAAGUACAAAAUCUGCUAGGA